GAUAAACGAUUAUCAUUUAUUAUUGUAUUCAAAUAUUUGCGAGUGAGGAGUGAAGCCUAAUCCACAUGUUGCGAAAUACAAAAAUAUGGAAAAUACAAAAUGUUGAAGUUAUCAGUUUUAUUGCUAGUUUAUUACUUUGUUGAUGGAACAGAAACCACCAACACAACGUUCGAAAAUUUGGUAUGGAACGUUGGAAGUUCCAUCAAUGUGACCAUUGGUCCAAAAGAUGCGGUCUACUGCAGUAUUAGAGACGACAGAUACCAAACAGUUUCCGAAGGACCCGGUCCAUGCAGAAUCGUCGUGGAUAGAGUAACUAUUUAUCACAAAGGACUAUGGACUGCCUUUUAUGGCGAGGCAGGCACAGAUGUAUAUCGAAAUAGCACUUUCGAAGUGCAGGUGACAGGAGACAUUUACGCGGGGGCUAUCCCGGUGUUGGCGUAUGAGGGCCAGGAGUUAACUAUGUCUUGUCCCGCGGGUACGGAAAUUGGCUACUGCUACAUCAUUGCACCGAAUGGUACAGUCUACAAUAUUGAUCCAUAUACCUCAACACCACUCUACGAGUACGAAGGCAGUAGUUUCGAUGCAGGAGACUGUGGCCUCAAGUUCUAUAACUUUCGGAGAUCAGACAAUGGUGGCUGGACCUGUCAUGUUGGAUUACAAGAUGCCAUUGAUGCAAACGAGUAUUGGACUUUCUGUGCCGUUUAUGUAUCUGAUCCUGUUGAAAAACACCGUACAUGGUUGUACUUCGCCAUUCCUUGCUUGGUGAUGAUCUUCAUAUCAUUCAUCCUCGUUAUCAUGAAAAACCGCAAGUGGACUUACGUGAGAACCGCUACAGAAGAUGACCAGGCACUCAGCAGAGUCAUAUAGUCCUGCUUAAUCAUAUAACCAUCCAAUGAUCUUUCUAAUGUGGGUAAUCGAAAGAAAGUACGUAGGUAGGCAGUAUUAUGACAUUAGAAAGAAAGGAGUUCCUGUCUUUUGAACAAGUUCCAUGUGGUGGCCUUUGUGUUUCAGAGCCGAUAUGAGUAACCAUUCGAAUAAUCCCCGUUCCGAUUUAUUAUGACCUGACGAUUUAAAUGAUUUUCAAGAACUAGGUAGAUAAGUAUUUUGUACCUAUCAUUUAAGUGCUAAAAGUAGUUUAGAAGAUAAAGUGACCUACAACAAAAUAGUAGAAUUAUGAUUAGAUAGGUACUCGAAUUGUCGGUUUGAAUAAAAGAAUACAUGACUAAACAAAGACUUAUUAAUGAAAGAGGAAAAUUAUUUCAGGGCGGACUUUUAAUAAAAUGACAAACAGAAGAAUAUUAAGUAUGUACCUAAGUAAGAUACGAAGUAUAUAGAAUAACUUAACGAUGUAUCAAUGAAUGCAAU